AAAACUAGUUCAACAUACACGUUUAGUCAUCGCUACAGUAUUCAAUUGUUGAGCAGGGCAUUUGUAGAAUUAAAAAAUUAUAACUACAAAGCAUUUAUUCUGAUUCGCCAAUAGACAUUUCAACUAAGGAAUUCAUUAGAUAAAGGUCAAGAAUGGAGGACGAAGUUCAGCAUCCUAUUGCGAGAAAUCUUUUUCGACAAUCAUCGAUUGAAACUCAUAUAGUUGCUUCUAUACCCUCGGAUUCGGAUUCUGAUGAUGAUUUAUAUAAGAGUGUUAAACCUAUAUUUCCUGCAGUGGUUCCUGAGAAACCAAUUGUUGUAGGCGUAGAUCUAAAGAAGUCUGUGGGAUUAAAAGCAGAAUCGUUAACGAUGGCGUCUCCUCGGCCGAAAUCACCACGUCCGCCAAUUUCGGGCAAGAAAGACGAGAAGGAAGAAAGUUUUUGGGAUAAAAUUGGAACACUUGGUCGUAAGAAACGUAUAAAGGAAGUACAAGAAGUUCAGGAAGAAGGAAAACAUGCCAUCGACUCUCCUGGAUAUGCAGCAAACACUAAUAUGUCUUUGGAGGAGUAUACCCUUGAUGAGAAUGAAGAACGGUCUAUGAUUGAACCAAGAUCUUUGGAGGAUCCAAAAUUGCAGGAGCUUAUUUUUGUCUUGAUUGAAUGGAUUAAUGAUGAACUUGCGGAUCAGAGAAUUAUUGUUAAAGACAUUGUGGAAGAUCUUUACGAUGGACAAGUACUCCAGAAAUUACUUGAGAAGUUAACUGGAGGAAAACUUGAUGUGCCUGAAGUGACACAAUCUGAGGAGGGGCAAAAACAAAAGCUAGCUGUAGUGCUGUCAGCAGCAAAUCGUGUGUUAGGACGAUAUCCGCCAUAUAAGUGGAGUGUAGAAUCAGUCCAUUCCAGAAAUAUUGUAGCAAUUCUAUAUCUACUUGUUGAAUUAGCGCGUCAAUUCCGUGCACCUGUCAGACUACCUGAAAGAGUUGCCAUUCAAGUAGUAAUUGUACGCAAGAAAGAUGGUCAGUUGAAUCACAGAACUGUACGAGAAGAAAUUACAUCUACGUAUGAUGAUCUAGGAAUGCGCUGUGAGCGCGAUGCAUUUGACACUCUGUUCGACCAUGCACCUGACAAGCUUGCUGUUGUCAAAAAGUCGCUGGUAUCCUUCGUUAAUAAGCACUUGAGCAAAGUACACUUGGAAGUGACAGACUUAGACAGUCAAUUUCACGAUGGUGUUUUCUUGACUCUCUUACUGGGUCUACUUGAAGGUUUCUUUGUGCCAUUAAGCAUGUUCCACCUGACACCAAAAACUCAUGAUCAUAAAGUGCACAACGUAUCUUUCGCAUUCGAUCUUAUGCAGGACGUCGGUCUACCAAAACCCAAAGCCAGACCUGAAGAUAUUGUCAACUUGGAUCUCAAAUCAACACUCCGUGUUCUAUAUAAUCUCUUUACUAAGUACAAGGGAAUUAAUUAAUCACGCUUUUAAUUGUCGAGAUAAAUCAUACUUGCCUAUAACAAUGGUUAUCUUACAAUGUGUAGUGAGACAACCUAUAUGAGCCUUAAAAACAUAUAUCUAGUAUUUUUGAAGUUGUUAAAAUUGUUUAACCUUACUGUUAUCUUACACAAGCGUGACAUUGACUUUACUAACCAAAGAGUAUAUCAAUUAGAAGACACUAAGCUGCCAAGAGGGAUGCAUGUUUUAUUUGGUUUUAUCUUUUUUAAUACAAUAUGCUUGAAUGUUCAUAUAUUACAUGGACUUACUAUACAAAGUAAUUUGACAGAUGAACAUUCUUUGUAAUCACGUGCCUUUUUAAUCGUGUUACAAUGAAUAAGUUAUUCUUUCAGUUUCUCUCAAUAUUUAUAUCAAUACUAAUUGUACAAAUACUUUAUAAAUCAUAUUGAAUCGUUGAUUAAAUAUAUUUAUACAAAUGAUAUUAA